AAGAAAUUUGAAAUGUCAGAUGAUGUCAAUGACAAUGUCGAUAACGAUUAUGAUGACAAUAUCGGCGAUAAUCGGGUCAAGGGCGAUGAUUAUUAUGAAGAUGUCAUUCCAUCUUCAUCAGGACAUAAUCGUAUUGAUAAGAAAAAGGAAUUUGAAUCUAAUUAUAGAAAACAAAAGGAUGAAUUUACUCGCCGUCAAAAAAAUCAAGACGGUAGUGAUGAUUCAACAGAUGAAAAGAUUAAGAAGCAAAUUUCAAAAUCUCGUUACGCUGUGGAAAACCGAGAGAUGUCAGAUGAUGAAAAUGAAAACGAUAAUGAUGAUGAAGAGCCUGAGUUUUAUGGAGAACAAAUGGAUGAAACCACUCGAUAUCCAAAACAUAAAAAUGGCCAAAAUUUAUCUAUACAUGCCGGUAAUCAAAAGAAAUUAGACAAUACAAGUGACUCCUCUCAAGAUGAAAAUGAUAAUUAUGAAGAACAAAUAGAUGAAACUACUCGAUAUCCAAAAAAUAAAAACAAUCAAAGUCUAUCUAUACAUGGCGGUAACCAAAAAAAAUUAGAUAACACGAGUGACUCCCAGGACGAGAAUGAUGAUUAUGAAGAACAAGCGGAUGAAACUAAUAGUUAUCCAUAUAAUAAAAAUGGCCAAAAACUAUCUACGCAUGACAGUAACCGAAAGAAAUUAGACAACAUAAGCGAUUCAUCACAGGAUGAGAAUGAUGAUUAUGAAGAACAAAUGGAUGAAACUACUGAAUAUCCAAAUAAUAAAAAUAGUCAAAAUUUGCCUAUACACGGAGGUAACCGAAGAAAAUUAGGCAAUAUAAGUGACUCCUCGCAGGAUGAGAAUGAUGAUUAUGAAGAACAAAUGGAUGAAACUACUGAAUAUCCAAAAGAUAAAAACAAUCAAAAUCUGUCUAUGCAUAGACACGGAGGUAACCGAAGAAAAUUAGGCAAUAUAAGUGACUCCUCGCAGGAUGAGAAUGAUGAUUAUGAAGAACAAAUAGAUGAAACUACUAGAUAUCCAAAAGAUAAAAACAAUCAAAAUCUGUCUAUGCAUAGAGUAACCGAAAGAAAUUAGAUAACAUGAACGAUUCCUCACAGGAUGAGAAUGAUGAUUAUGAA